ACCGUCACACGGACCGUCUCUACUUUCCCCUCCCCUCCCCUCGUUGCCGAGCUUUUCCCAACCCUAGCUAAUCCCAUCUUCCUCCGCGGCAACCCCAUGGCUCUACCCCUCACAGGCCACCGCCGUCCAUGGCACGACGUUGACCGCCCCCUCUCCGACGCGGCACCAAUCGCUUUUCUUGAUUUGGAUGGGAACUACGAGCAGAUCAGCGCCUCGCCCUGCGACAGGGAUCGGCGAGUGCAGCUCCGCCGGCGUCUGUCUCCACGGUGUGACAAGGAGCAUCGUGUCAUUAACCCUGGUUCUUCAUUGUCGGCAUUGAAAGAGUUCCUUGACUCUAUAGCAUUGCCUGCAUCGGCCACUGCUGCUGCUUCCCCGUCCCCUGAACAGGCAGUUUCUUAUGACACCAGCGUGAUCUCACCACAGUCAAGGCGUUGCCUUUACUCAACCAUUUUGGUCCGCAGACUUCCUGAUUGGGGUUUGACGUUUUACAUUAGGGUUGACCGUGAGGGGGAUUUUCACACAUAUCCUCAUCUGGGUGGGCCAUUUCAGAGCUUACAGGAAGCAAACAUUGCCAUCGAUUGUCAUCUUGAUGAUUGCAAGGAUACAAUGUUCAAGAAGCAAGAGGGGGUUUCUCUAGUAGAAAUGGCUAUACGAAGUUCUCUUUACUGGCUUGAUGGCACGAGGAAGAAAUGUUCAGAAUCACAAAUGGCUGAGAGAAACCGUGAUCGUAUCCGCCUGUUGGUUCAAGCUUUAGUGGACAAGUACAACGAGGAUCAUAAUCUGUUGGGGGAUCUUGCAUAUGAACUCAAAGAUGUUCUGCACUACCAAUUUAUUUCUGAGGGCCAUAGAACCAUCCCUAAGAGGAGUAAGUACUAUCAUUUGAACUUCACCAUGAAGACCAAAGGAGCUGAUCAUUUUGACUAUGGCACCGAUGAUCUAUUCUUCGUUGAAAUUGAACUUAUGCAAGGAGAACAUGAAGAAUUGGUGGUCAGCCGUUUCUGCAUCAUUACACCUAACGACAAUGGUCACUGCUAUGGUUGUACAAAUAAUGGAAGUGCUGAUAUGAAGCAUCCCAACAACUCCUAUGCAUAUGCUGGUGGUCAUCUAAACACAUAUUUGCCAUUUGAGUGGAGCGACUCUGAAAACAUUGUGGAUGAGGAGAUUAGGAUAAGACGCAUUUAUGAGGGCGUUUGUUCUCCUUAAGGCCUCAGUGACUAAAGUUUCAGGUGGGAUGGACAUGGGACGUCCGCCUCCCAUUCUCCCAUGUCCCUAUUAUCCCGUUGUCCCAUCUCCCUCUAAUCCCAGCAACUCAAAAACGAGUUGGGUUUCUUCGGGAUAUCCCACUUGCCCCUAUUAGACCACGUGAGUUGAGCAGGCCACGGGACUUGAACAUGCCAGGAGAGACUGACGGGUGGGACCCUUGCCACGUCGGAUGCUCACGUGGCAACCUUGCAUGCACAUAACACUGACGAAACUGAAGAAAUCCUUCAGUGCUGGAGACGCAGCUGCGAGGCCGGGACGCGCGCGCGUGCGCGGCGGAUGGAGAUGGUCCCUGGCGCGGAGGAAACGGAGGCGCCGGCGGUGCGGGAAGUCGCCGGUGGAAGCGCCGCCACCGGGAGGUCGCCGGAGACGGCGUGGACGACGGCAUCUGCGGGGAAAACGGCGGGGUCACCGUCGGGAGGAUGUUCCAAAGAGGAAAGGAGGAGAGGGAUGAGGUCGGGGAGAUGCAGAAGGUUACCAGGAGCACGCUGGGAUGGUCGGAAAGGCCGGGGAAGGCACGAAGCGGUCGCGGGCUUCACCGGAGCGCGGUGGCCGUGGCGGGGGAACGGCGAUCGCGACGUCGAUACGAGGCGCCUGGGCUCGAUUCCUUCCGCCAGGUUGAAGAGGAGAGCGAGGCGGAUGUCCUGGUGGGCUUGGAUGGGCGCGGGGGUGGCCAGAACGUCGGGACACCGGCGGUACUGUGGCGGCGACGAAGGUUCGCGUGGGUUCAGUAAUUCACUCGAGACAGAGUGAGGGACGCGUGGGCUGUCCCUGGGCUAAUUGGGCUCAUCCCACUCAGCCCUUACGGGAUUAAUGAAAUUACUUGGGAUUACUGGAAAGUCCCAUCCCACUUGAAAUGUUAUCAGUGACCCACAUUUUCAAGAUCUAUUUAACCACUUGCAAAAGAGGUUGUGAUAAUGUCAGAAAGCCUGUGUGAAAUAUCACAGCCCAGAACUUUCUUGUAACUAUAUUUUGCUAUCAGCAGACCUUGCAAUGCUAAUCUUAGUAGUUUGGUGUGGUAUCAAGAGAAAUCAUUUGGUUUGAGACUAUUUAUUAUGAAAAGUUACACUGAUAUAAUUAUCUGGUUUCCAUAGUUGGUGCCUUUGUAAGUUCCGUUGCACUUAGCUUCUGCUUGUUUCUUUAUGAGUUGAGAUCUGUGAAUAAGCUGGACCAUCUGCCGCAUUAGCUUGGCUGUCUGUCAAGAUGGAAACAAGAGUUACAAAUAUAACCCAGCGACUGUAUAUCGCUUAUUGCAAGCGUUUAUACUGGUCACCUGCAAGAUUCCGCGCGAUGGGCCAGCCCACCGUUGUGUUUCUCUGGCUUCUUCCUGUUUCGUGUUUUUUUUUGUUGUCUCGCGAACAAUUUUCUUUUCUGUUUUUCCCAGUUAUCUUUUUCAGUUUUUAUUUUUUUCGUAAAUUUAAGUCAUUAAUAACUUUUGUAAUUGGACCUUUUCUAAACGGUGGAUAUUUUAUAAAAUUUUGAACCAUUUUUAAAAAUUAUAAAUAAUUUUGAAAUGUGAACUUUUUUUUGUAAUUAUAAUUAGGACUUUAGUGGAUGGUGAACAUUUUUGUAAUUAAUUUUGAACCAUUUUCAAUUUGUAAACAAUUUUGAAAUGCGAACAUUUUGUAAUUUGAAUAUUUUUAAAAUCUGAACAAUUUUUACUGAGUGAACAAUUUUUAAAAAUCUGAAUCUUUUUUACAUUUUGAGACCGUGAACAUUUUUUAAAAUUUUGAAAUAUUUAAAAAAUUGUGAACAUUUUUUUUUUGUAAUUGAGACCUUUCUAGAUGGUGAAUAUUUUUUAAAUUUUGAACCGGUUUUCAUUUUAUGAACAAUUUCUAGAUUUGAAUAUUUUUAAAAUCUGAACUAUUUUUAACUGAGUAAACAAUUUUUAAAGUGUAUUUUUUUAUCGAGUGAACAAUUUUAAAAAUACAAAAUUUUAAGGAAAUAGAGAAUGUUUUUAGAAGACCAUUCCUUACCUUUUUCACAUAGCUAGGGCCGGUCCUGAGAUUCCAAAGGCCCGGGGCGAACUAGACUUCAGGGCCCUUAGAGCAUCUCCAGCUGUUGGCGCUCCCCACGGUCAAAUUAGGCGCUAAAUAGCGCCGGAUUGGACGAAAGUUUUGACUGGAGAGCGCCGAAGUUCUAGCAUAAUUCGGUGAAUUUGACCAGUUUUGCCAACAUUUGGCUUAUUUUUACAAAUAAAUGUUACAGUUCAACAAAACAAGACAAGUUUUCAAACAAAUCAAAUAGAAACUAGUUGGUGUUGCCUCGAAGCGUCCAUAUGUGUUCCACCAGAUCAUCCUACAGCUGUUGAUGCAUUGUGGAGUCUCGAAUCUCCUGACGCAUAGCGAUGAACGCAGCCCACGAUGCCGGCACGUGGUGGUUAGGCUGUGCAAAAGGACCCUCUCUGUCAUAUGGUGCAUCAUAUGGUGCAGCUUGUUCGCUGAGAGGGACCGGAUACUUCCGCUCAUUCUCGAUAAUCAUGUUGUGUAAGCAGACACAACAGGUCAUCACCUCCCACAUCUGAUCUUUGGACCAAGUCAAAGCGGGGAACCGGACUACAUCAAAUCUCUGCUGGAGGACACCAAAUGCACGCUCGACGUCCUUUCGGCAACCUUCUUGUUCCUUGACAAACUCCAGCUCCUUCGGGAGGACGGCGCCUGAGAUAGUCUUCACAAAUGUUGCCCACUUUUGAUAGAUACCGUCUGUAAGAUAGUAUCCCUUGUUGUACUUUCGGCCAUUGAUCACAAAGUUAACCGGGGGAGCAUGACCCUCAACAAGUUUGGAGAAGAUCGGCGAGCACUGCAAGACAUUGAUGUUGUUGUUGGAUCCCGGCAUACCAAAUAAGGAGUGCCAAAUCCAGAGAUCAUGGGUAGCCACUGCCUCAAGUAUCACAGUGCAGCCUUUUUUGUGACCCUUGUACAUUCCCUGCCAGGCAAACGGAUAGUUCUUCCAUUUCCAAUGCAUGCAGUCAGUGCUUCCAAGCAUCCCUGGAAAUCUUCGAGCUUCAUUGACAUCGAGGAUCUUAGCAGUGUCUUCGAUAGUGGGUGAUCUCAAGUAGAUGACCCCAACACUGCUAUCACCGCCCUACAAAACCGGUAGAAACAAUCAAGGGCGGUGGACUCCGCCAUCCGAAGAUGGUCUUAGUGAGAUAGCUCCAAGUUCUGCAGUUGAUUACUUGAUUGUGUGCUUGCACUAAAUGCAUCAGAAAUGCAUAGAAUUAAGUUGGAAUAUUGUGUCCAUGUCAAUUGGACCUGAAACAAAUAGCUAUACAGGUGCGCACUGCAGGAUAUAACCUCAAGGUUUGCAGAGGAGAAAAAAUGGUGAACAUCAAUCUAAUGAUGAUAAGGACGGUAUAAGUUGGUUUCUAAGUUCAGAAGAAGCAGGGUUUAGUACCUUUAUUGCAAAAAAAUAGUUAAAUAUGUUAUUUUUCGUAAGCAUGGCUAAGUUAAAAUAGAAACCCCACUCCUUCUGAAGUUAGUCAAAAUACUAUAAGGCACUAAGUCCCGCUCCUUCGGAAGUUAGUUUCUUAUGUGUACAUGUUUCUGAAGGAGAAAUAUAAGAACCCUGAUCCUUGUGAAGUUAGUUAAACAGAGGUUCUGGUCCAGUAUUUUUAUAUAA